CAAUUUCUGAACCAAUUCCUAAAGAAGAAUCACCAUUUAUUCAUGUUCCAGCUCCAGGUCCAGGUCCUUGGGCUGUUAAAUCUAUACAAAAUAUCAGUUGGUGGUGUAUUGCUUGUAAACCAAAAGAUAAUGUAGAUAUCGUCAUUAUAAGAAACGGUUGUACUGUGGUAUUCCAAACAACUGGUGAAAACGCUAAUUCUGGCACGAAAUACUUUAAAAUUGACCCAAGAUGGGCUAUUCCAGGGAAUCAAUUCGUUGUUCGGGUAACAGUUCAAAGUGAUCAAACUGUUACUGGAAGUAGUACACCAUUUACCGUUUUUCUAACUAAAGAAUAUAUAGGUACUCAACUUAGACCCAUUCAAUAUUCAGUUCAACCAGUUGAUUCAGACAGCUUUCAUUUUGAUCUUCCAUUGGAAAAGCCCAUCCCUAUGGAAAAGAUGCAGUUUCAAAUACUAAAACUUUUAAAAAAUGUGAAAGAAGGUGACUCAGAAGAUGGACUUUAUGGAAGGGAUGGUGGAUUGUUAGAAAAAGCUGAUAUAAAUGAUCUAGACUUAGCCAAAUAUGAAUUGAUGACUGUUGAUCAAGUUGGACCACUUCCAUCAUUCCCUUUUGGUGCUUCUAAUGUACAAACAGCAGAAGAUUAUUCUUGA